CUACCAGCUAUAAAUUCGCGUGCAAUUCAGUCCAGUUCCACUAACUUCAUCAUGGGACCCUUCCAUCAUAUGGUUGUGACGACCAUGCUGGCGUUUCUUUUACGGGAGGAUUCGGUGCAAGCGAAUAAGGCAAAACUUCUACGAGGUCCAUCGGACGGAAAGCCAGAGGUGCUUCAAUUUGACUUAUUCGAGUUUAUACAGACACGCACCAUACAACGAAUAAUAUUGGAAUACACCGGUGGAAUAAGAACUGCGAUAAUGUCACAGGAGACUGCGAGUGGAAAAAGCGCUUAUGAAGCAAGACAUGAAACAUACAAGGAUUUCACACUUGCGGUUUUCGUUAAAGAUAAAGGAGAUUGGUACGCUCAUCAGCUUGCAGCUGCGACGGAUUUUGCAAAGUACAACGUUCAAAAUGGCCUUUUCUUCAUUGUGCACUACAACGAUUUCCCUGCUCGUUAUUUUGAUAACGAAUUUGUCAACCCUGUCGAUGAACUUUGGUUGGACCUGAAAGAUAAGGUCCUAGAAGUCACCAUUACUACCAAAGAUGAAUAUGAAAAGAGACAUGAAACCUAUAAAGGCAGAGAGAUUAAUACUAUUUUCAUCCGGAAUGAGAAGCAGGUUGGUUUUUGCCUGACACAAGAAAUGUUUGAAGAAAAAAUGGAUUCGAUUAAGCGCGAUGAUUUAAGUCGAUUCGUUUAUGUCGUCUGGCUCACAGUAAAUGUGGAUGUCCUCGGCGAGAAUUAUGUGGAAAGCAUCUGCCCGAACCGAAGAAAGCCACUUUGCUACCCCAUGAUGUAUCGCGAAGUACCUGGAAAGGUGACAGAAGUGUAUAAUGGAACACCGAUGAAUAAUAUGAGAGGAAUAUUCAAUUGGCCAUGUCAAAAGAAGUAAAAAAAAUACCAAUAAGGUACUAUCAAUACUUAGGAAGACCAAUUUCUGAAACGUACGGUACAAGCAUUUAAAUAAAAAAAAUAUU